AUGGCUCCUCACGCAGAUGAAAGCAACGGCACUGUGAAUGGGGGUGUAGAGACGGUCAAUCCCACCCAACCCCAGGAACUCUUCACUGUCAACUCCCCCAAUGUCAAGUAUUCCGACUCCACUAUCGAAACCAAGUACACCUACCGCACGACCGAGGUGACCAAGAACGCCAACGGCAAGUAUGUGGCAGCCCCCAAGGAAACCCUCUAUGACUUCAAGCUCGAACGCAAGGUCCCCAAGACCGGCGUCAUGCUCGUAGGCUGGGGAGGUAAUAACGGCACCACUGUCACCGCCGGUAUCCUCGCCAACCGCCGCAAUCUCGUCUGGGAGACCAAGACGGGCAAACGCGAGGCAAACUACUAUGGCUCCGUAAUCAUGGGCUCGACCACCAAGCUCGGCGUCGACAACACUGGCAAGGAGAUCAACAUCCCCUUCCACGACCUCCUCCCCAUGGUCCACCCCAAUGACCUCGUCAUUGGUGGUUGGGACAUCAGCGGCAUGAACCUCGCCGACGCCAUGGACCGGGCCAAGGUCCUCGAGCCCUCCCUCAAGUCCCUCGUCCGCAAGGAGCUCGCCACGAUGGUUCCUCUCCCCAGUAUCUACUACCCUGACUUCAUCGCCGCCAACCAGGAGGAGCGCGCCGACAACGUGAUCCCUGGUACCAAGGCAUCCUGGGACCACGUUGAGCGCAUCCGCAAGGACAUCCAGGACUUCAAGGCUGCCAACAACCUCGACAAGGUGAUCGUGCAAUGGACCGCCAACACGGAACGUUACGCCGACAUCAUCGAGGGCGUCAACGACACGGCCGACAACCUCCUCGCAUCCAUUCAGUCUGGACACGAGGAGGUCUCCCCCUCGACCGUCUUCGCCGUAGCCUGCAUCCUCGAUAGCGUUCCCUUCAUCAACGGCUCGCCCCAAAACACCUUCGUCCCUGGUGCCAUCCAGCUCGCUGAGAAGCACAACGCCUUCAUCGGCGGCGACGACUUCAAGUCCGGGCAGACUAAGAUGAAGUCUGCGCUUGUUGACUUCCUCAUCAGCGCGGGUAUCAAGCUCACUUCCAUCGCCAGCUACAACCACCUCGGCAACAACGACGGCAUGAACUUGUCCUCGCAGAAGCAGUUCCGGUCUAAGGAGAUCUCCAAGUCCAACGUCGUGGACGACAUGGUCGCCGCCAACACCGUCCUAUACAAGGAGGGCGAGCACCCGGACCACACCGUCGUCAUCAAGUACAUGCCCGCCGUCGGCGACGACAAGCGCGCCCUCGACGAGUACUACGCAGAGAUCUUCCUCGGCGGCCACCAGACCAUCAGCAUCUUCAACGUCUGCGAGGACUCCCUUUUGGCCUCCCCGCUCAUCAUCGAUCUCGUCCUCGUCGCCGAGAUCAUGACCCGCAUCCAGUGGAAGGCUAGCUCCGCCGACGCAAACUACGCUGGCUUCCACAGCGUGCUUAGCAUCCUCAGCUACAUGCUCAAGGCACCCCUCACUCCCCCAGGAACGCCCGUCAUCAACGCCCUCGCCAAGCAGCGCGCCGCCCUGACAAACAUCUUCCGCGCCUGCGUCGGUCUCGAGCCCGAGAACGACAUGACGCUCGAGCACAAGCUCUUCUAA